AUGGUACAACAAAAUCAUUUUGGGGGUGCUGCAGUAGAAGACCCAAAUGCUCGUCUUGGAUCAUUUUUGGAAAUUUGUGACACGGUGAAGAUGAAUGGGGUUACUGAAGAUGCAAUUAGACUCCGCCUAUUCUCAUUCUCUUUAAGGGAUAAAGCAAAGAAAUUCCUCACCAAGUACUUUCCACCUUCUAAGUCAGCUCAACUUCGGGGUGAAAUUAGCCAAUUCAAACAACUCGACUUUGAGCCAUUCUAUGAAGCCUGGGAAAGUUUUGAAGAUUUGCUUAGGAGAUGUCCUCAACAUGGGUUCCAGAAAUGGGUGCAAAUUGAGAUAUUUUAUAAUGGGCUAAAUGGGCAGACAAGGACUAUGGUAGAUGCAGCUGCGGGAGGCAUUUUAAUGGCUAAAAUAGUAGAGGCUGCAUAUACUUUAUUGGAUGACAUAGCCACUAACAGUUACCAAUGGCCAAGUGAGAGAUCAGGUGUAAAGAAAGUAGCAGGACUUCAUGAAGUGGAUCCCAUCACUGCACUAGCAGCUCAGACAGAGGUUGCAAACGAGCAGGCCCAAUAUGUCGACAGUAGAAACUACAAUCAAAGAGGAAGCUACCAAGCUAAUCACUAUCAUCCAGGGUUGAGGAAUCAUGAGAAUUUGUCAUAUGGCAACAAUAGAAACACACUUCAACCCCCACCCGGAUUCAACACUCAGAAUUCUGAUAGGAAACCACCCUUGGAAGACAUCCUUGGGACGUUCAUUUCUGAGACAAGAUCAUGUUUAAACAAAAUUGAAUUACGGUUGGAUAAUAUUGAAACACAUGUGUCCAACAUGGGAGCCACAAUGAAGAAUCUUGAAGUGCAAAUUGGCCAAUUGGCUACAUCAAUGAAGUCUCAGCAAAAAGGAAAAUUUUCCGGUGACACUGAGGUUAACCCACGGGAACACUACAAUACGAUCACCCUAGGGAGUGGUAAAAUGGUUGAAGAAAGCAAACCUAAGAAGAUUAUGGUGUCUACGUCGGAUGUCAGAGUUAUAGAGGAAAGGCAGAGUGAAAGGCAAAAAACUGAGGCAGAGGGUACAAGAUCUAUAAGCCUUACUUGA